CUGACCUGGCAACAAAAUAACGUAGCUAGAGAGAGAGAGAGAGAGGGAGAGAGAGAGAUCUGCUAGGGAGGGGGGCUGAAGAACAAAACAAUGACACUGCUCGGACGGAUUCAAACACACUAACACUUUUAAAGACUUAAAAAAAAAGACGUGAUCGAGCGGAUUGCCCUCCUUCUUCAAAGCAGAAGAGUCCGCGGGUAGCCGAGCUUUGUGACAUCGACUGGUUUGUUUUUGUUGAUAUGUUGCUACAGAUCAGUUGACAGACUGGAGGCUAGCUGUUUGUUAGGACGGGCUGUGUACUCUUAGGACUCGCUUGCUCUCCAAUUACAAGAUUUCCUCUGGUAAAAAAAAAGUUGAAACUGCCUGUCAGAAAAAAAACAAGUAGCUGUAAAGUGUCGCUGUCCUUUUUUUGUUGCCAAAUUAUCCACCGAGUUUGCCUGCGAGCUGUCGAGGGUCAGCUUUGCUAGCUAGCCUGUUGUUAGCAUCAACAUUUGCACAUUCAUCUUUUCAGGGAGAGUUUCAUUGUCUCGGUCGGUGCAGGCGUACGAGCUGAUUUCUGUGUUAUUUUUAAGCUUGAUUUGAUGUCAUGCUGCAGCUGUAGUGCUUUUACUUUAAUACGUGAACAAGCUGGCGAAGUGUUUUGGUGGUACGAAGAUAUCAGGUGUUUCCGCUUCAUUGCCUCACUUUUAGUUGCACUAAAUUAUAUUAUUAAAAACCGCGUGUGUUUAAAUUAAUGCUGCAGAAAGAUAGAUGUGCUGUUACAGUCAAUGAAUCACCAGCCUCGUUACUAUGCAGCUUAUUUAAGUUGUUUUAGCCUUUGUAUUUGGUCAUUUGAGUCAGUAUUAUUACACGUUUUGUCAUUGGCUGCUAUUGGAAACUGCUGGUGCUGUUGACAAGGUGUUUCCAAUAAGCACUGCUCUUUGUUUACUUUGUAAGAAACGAUGAGUGGGCAUGGCUCAUCUUCAGAAAAGGGAGUCAAUACUAGCCUAAUAUGUCAAGAGAGUUAUGCCUGCGGUGGCUCUGAGGAGGCUGCGUUUGAGUGCGAUGAAUGCAAAAGCUUGCAGUGUGUUCGUUGUGAGUUGGAGCUCCAUGAUCAGGAGCGUCUGAAGAACCACGAGCGGGUUCAGAUAGGUCCUGGGCAUGUACCUUACUGUGAUAAUUGUAAAGGAGGUAACGGAGACAGUAACAAACGUCAUAGAUCCGUGGUCCGCUGUCAGAACUGCAAAGUUAACCUGUGCCAAGACUGUCAGAAACGCACCCACAGCGGAGGCAACAAGAAGAAACACCAGCUCACAUCUUAUCCUCCACCAGCCAAACCUGCAAUGGUCAACUCUGUACAGACGUCUGUCCCACCUGCUGUUCAAAUAGCCGAUGAGACUAAAUCUCAAAGAGCAAAGCUUCUGGAGAAGGUUUCCAGUUUUCUCUUGGUGGAUGAAAAUGAGGAGAUGCAGAUAAAAGAUGAAGCUUCAUUCAUAAAGCGACUGAGCUGCUACCCCGACCAGCUGCUGAAGGUGGUGUCCAUCUUUGGCAACACAGGAGAGGGCAAAUCUCACACCCUGAAUCACACGUUCUUCAUGGGCAGAGAAGUGUUCAAGACUUCUCCCACACAAGAGUCCUGCACGGUGGGCGUGUGGGCGGCAUUUGAUCCCAUCCGUAACGUCGUGGUCAUCGACACAGAGGGGCUGCUUGGGAACAGUUCCAAACAGGGCCAGAGGACCCGUCUCUUGCUCAAGGUGCUCGCCAUCUCCGACCUCAUCAUUUACCGCACCCACGCCGAUCGUCUCCACGAUGACCUCUUCAAGUUCCUCGGGGACGCAUCGGAUGCUUACUUGAAGCAUUUCACCAAGGAACUGAAGGCCACGACGGCACGCUGUGGCCUGGAUGUCCCACUGUCCACCUUGGGCCCUGCUGUGGUCAUCUUCCAUGAAACCGUCCACACGAAGUUGCUUGGUUCAGAUAAGUCAUCUGAGUCAGUAGACCGGCUGUUGUUGGAGCGCUUCAAGAAGCUUUCCCGUUUCCCAGAGGCCUUCAGCUCCGUCCAGUACUGGGGCACGCAGACUCUCAACCCCCCUACUGACUUCUGUGGCCUGCAGAAUAAACUGGAGCAACUCCUGGAUAACAACGCCACCCGUUCCCCACGCACCCCUAUGGUCAUCUUUAAAGCCCUGCAGGCAUUGAGUGAACGCUUUAAUGGGGAAAUUGCAGGUGAGCUUGUAGCCCACAGCUGCUUCUUUCCUGAUGAGUACUUCACCUGCUCUAGUGUGUGCCUCAGUUGUGGAUCCGGCUGCAAGAACAGCAUGAACCACUUGGGAGAACGAGUGUGCCAUGAGGCGAAGUAUCGUUGUCGUUAUUCUGUCCAGUAUGAUAAUCGCAUUUACACCUGUAAGGCCUGCUAUGAAGGGGGAAAAGAAGUGAUAGUUGUCCCGAAGACCUCCGCUUCCUCAGACUCUCCAUGGAUGGGCCUCGCCAAAUACGCCUGGUCUGGGUACGUUAUUGAGUGUCCCACCUGUGGAGUGAUCUAUCGGAGCCGUCAAUACUGGUAUGGGAAUCAGGACCCUGUGGAUACUGUUGUCCGCACUGAGAUCCAGCAUGUAUGGCCGGGGUCUGACGGCUUUUUGAAGGAUAAUAGCAAUGCAGCACAGCGUCUUCUGGAUGGCGUUAACCUAGUGGCCCAGUCUGUGUCAGAGCUCAGUGUCAAGCCUGCCAAGGCCGUCACCUCUUGGCUGACAGAUCAGAUCGCCCCGUCCUACUGGAAACCCAACUCCCUCAUCUUGGUGUGCCACAAGUGUCACACAGUCUUCCAGGACAACGACACCAAACAUCACUGCCGUGCCUGCGGGGAGGGCUUCUGCGACGGCUGCUCUUCCAAAGCUGCGCCCGUGCCCGAGAGAGGCUGGGGUCUCGCCCCUGUCAGAGUCUGUGACGUCUGCUUCGAGCAGAGAGCCUCAUACGCAGAGCUGAUUGAGGCAGAGCUCGAGGAGGAGGAAGGUGGAACCCUCGCCAGGAAGGUUGGAGAAGCAGUGACCAACACCAUAGGGGUUGUGGUCACUGCUAUUGACAUCCCACUUGGCCUAGUGAAAGAUGCAGCCCGUCCUGCCUACUGGGUGCCUGACCAGGAAAUCCUGUCCUGCCACAACUGCCAACGUGAGUUCACUGCCAAGCUGUCAAAGCACCACUGCCGCGCCUGCGGCCAAGGAGUGUGUGACGACUGCUCCCCGGAGCGCCGUCCGGUUCCGUCGCGGGGCUGGGACCACCCCGUGCGCGUGUGCACCAGCUGCAACCAGAACCCUGGAGAACUUUAACAGGGACGGCCUUCCUUCCUCGGAGAGCACCAGAGAGAACCACUCGCUCACUCAGCUCGCAGUCUGUCACUGCUUUACCUCUGUUACUCUAAUGGUUCUGUCUUGUAUCUGUGGAAAGGAAGUUUUUAGGCAUAUAUAUAAAUAUAAAUAUAUAUAGGACAUUAGCAAAUUUGGGAUUUCAGAGUUCCUGUGGCCUUUGUAGAACAGCCAACAUGUGAGUUACUUGACUGAGUGUGAAACCUGCAUUUCCACUCUGAUUAUUCACAGAGUGAGUAUUUUGAUUCUUAUUGACACAAAUCCCUAAUUUUACGUUGAAUAAGGCUGUUAAGCUAUUUUUCUACUAUCAGAAAAUAUGAAAAAAAAAUGUAUCGUUUAAGAAAUAUUAGUCAGUUGAGAACCCUGCGGGGUCGGUGUGAUUAGUUUCCAGCAAUUCUUAUUAAUAAGCAUUGUUUCUCUGAUGUCCUACAUGUAAUGGCAAAGAGAUAUUUUAUAUCCGUGCAGGUAUAACUGCAGGUUCCAUUGCAUGCUGUAUUGCAACAUUUUAGUUUUUGCACUAAGCCUUUUUCAGCUGUUAUAGGCUGUUGCUUACCAUGGCCAAAAUCCAGAUAUCCAGACGAUGAUGUAGUCUGUCCCAAACUGAGCUGAAAUCUACUACAGUAGCUCUAGAUUGUGGAUAUCUGGUGUGCCAAAAAUCAUUCAGGUCACUGUGUCUGUGCUGGUAUAAUGUUUAUAUUUUAUCAUGUACUUUGUGGUUGUAUGAAGACAUAGAACUAUGUUAGAGGAGUGUACAUUUGAAUUGUUGAAAAUUAUUUAUGUAUUGAAGUUUAAAAAAAAAAAAAGAUAUUCGCACUCGUGGCGGCAUGCAUGACAGUCUGAUAAAUCCAUGGCCUUUUACUUAUUCAGAGGAUGGUCUCUGAAUAAACCUCACUGUCUCUUUUACCGAACAGCAUUUUAGCGUCCACACACACACACACACGUUAUAAAAUGUACGUAUUUCAUGUACACAUUUGUUUUCCUGACACUUUGGUUUGAACUGUUUUCUAUAUAUUUGCAGUUGCUGCCUGCGUGAUUGUCUGGCUGUUAUUUAGCAGAACUGAAGAGUAGUCAAAUUUGUCUUCAAACCAGUUUUACAAAUUACACUCAUGCCUCCAGUUUUCUUUAGGCACAGGCUGAGUCCUUAUCCUGGACUCCUGGCAAAGGUCAGCACAUUUUUGGCUCUGUUUAGCGCAUAGUUUCUACGUUAUUUUACAUCUGUUAUUGUAACACAUUGUAUAUGUUCUUUUUUUGUUUGACAUUAGAUACUGUAUGGAUAUUUAUAUACUUUGUAAUGCCUGUACGUGACCCAUCGUUUUUAUCAUGUUGUCUUUUAUUAUUUUUUUGUCUUUUAGAAUUUCACGUAAAAACAGAUGUGGCAGUGAGGAGAUAUUCAACCAUAUUUAGUGAAUGAGAGCUUUAACUUGUCUUGCAUCAUUGCUAGUUUUGCAUUACCAGGUAAUGAGACCGUCACAUCUGGAUGUCAUAUAAAGCACAAGGUGAUGCCUUUAACACAUACGCUUGUAUUUCAUUGUUAAAAAGAAAAAGAGAAAAAAAGGGUCUUUGUCGAUUGUAAGCUUUGUAGAUAAAGUUAAUUUCUCCCUUUUUGCUCGUAACGUGGAACUUUUUGGUUCUGAUGAGAAAAUGUUGUCUGUCCAGUCUCAAAAUAGAUUUAUCUGUCUGAAUGUUGCAUCACAAACACACACACAAUCACAAGCACACUCCUCUGAGACCCUGAUAUUGCACAGUAUAGAAUAGGAAUCACAUCAUGCCGGAUCACUUGUACUGGAUUUCAUUCCCAUGCAAAUAUUUGUGCCGUCUGCUUCAGAUAUCCUUACACAGUCCAGUUUUUUUCAAUUAAGGUCGGGUUCUAUCGUCGACAGUUCCCACCUACACAGUACAAAUCAAACAGGAAUGAUUGAUGCAUUUUAAAAACUGUUGGAAACUUGACUUGAAGCGAUGAUGAUGAUGAUGUGUGGAUACUUGCUGAACUGAUGGAAGAUUUGCAUAAGAUUAAAGUUGCAUCAGCUCCCGUCUGUCAAAAAAAA